AUGUGGAAUGAAUCGUUUCAGUUUGGGGUUAGAACGUAUCAAAGAGGGAAUAAUUCAGCCAACAACACUGGGCACGGUGCACGGUCGUGCACUGGUCGCACGGACGUGCGCUUCCAAAUGGCUGAUAUGGUGAAUGUGAAUGAUGACGAUGAAGCACGCCGAAAUGAAAUAAGAACUAUGAUUGUGGAAGAAGUAAAGAAAGCGAUAGAGGUGGAAGAAUUGAAAGAAAUGAUUAGUGAAUUGCAAGUGAAGAAAAGCAAUCGGAGAUGCACGUACAAAGAGUUCAUGGCAUGUAAUCCCUUACCAUACAAAGGGGAAGUUGAUCCGAUAGCUUGCCAAAGGUGGAUUUCAAGUACCGAAGUCGUGUUUACACGAAGUAGAUGUGAAGUGGAAGAUCAAGUAAUGUUUGCCACGGGCCUUCUACAACUUCAAGCAAAAGAUUGGUGGGACGCAUACUCGAAGGAGUUGGGGGAUGAUAAAGUACAGUCGUUAAUAUGGCAAGAAUUCAAGGAGUCAUUUCGGAAAUAUUACAGCCCACAAUCCGCAAUUGAUAAGAUUCAGGAAGACUUCUUACGUCUCAGACAAAAGAAUGAAACGAUUGACGAGAUAACGAACAAGUUCCUUGAGAGGGUGAAGUUCUGUGAGGAGAUAGCGGGGACUGAGAGGCAAAGGAUUAUACGUUACCAUGCUAUGUUAAAGGCUGAAUAUCGGGAAUUUGUAAAUCCCUCCAAGUGUGCGACGUUAAAUGAAUUAAUUGAAUGGGCAAGAGAUAGAGAAAUUGAGAUAAAAAUACAGGUUGAACGGGGAGAGAAAAGGGUAGCGGAGAAGCCUACCAACGCUAGUCCAUCGAAAAAGGCAAGAUAUCAAGACCAAAGCAAAAAGGGGAAAACAAGUAGUGAAAUUCCGACUUGCAAGACGUGUGGGAAGCAUCAUUCGGGUGAAUGUUUGUCGGGAAAGAAGGGGUGUUACAAAUGUGGACGAGAGGGACAUCCGUUUUAUAGGUGCCCCGAAAACCCAAAGGCGUGUUAUAAUUGCAAUGAAACGGGGCACAUUAAAGCGGAAUGUCCGAAACUCCAACAAGGGGCAAAGAAAGAUGGAAAGAAGGAUGAGUCUUCCAAGGCUCGUGGGAGGAUGUUCCAGUUAACCUCAGAUGAAGCUAAGACUAGCCCGGAUGUGGUCUCAGGUAUAUUCUUGCUUGAAAAAAUGAUAGUACCCUUAGAAGUGGAAGUUGCUGAUAGUAAAAGCUAUUUGUUACAUGAUAUUUGUAGAAACUGUAAGAUCUUAAUCGAAGAUGAGGAAUUUAGUAUAGAUCUUGUCCCGAUGUACAUGGGGGAAUUUAAAGUAGUUGUAGGAAUGGAUUGGCUUGCCCAAAACUACGCUGAAAUUCAAUGUGAAAGGAAAGUCAUUCAUGUAGUAACCCCGGGGGGGAAACGGGUAAGCGUUCAAGGAGAUAGAGUCAUCAAGUCGAAAUUGUGUUCUAUAAUCAAAGCUGUCAAACAUGUGAGGAACGGGGGUAGAGCUUAUCUAUCUUAUGUGAUUGACACUAAUCGAGGUGUCCCAAAGCUUGAAGAUGUGAACGUGGUGAAUGAUUAUCCGGAUGUGUUUCCGGAAGACCUACCAGGGCUUCCGCCUGAACGAGAAGUAGAAUUCAAAAUAGAGCUUAACCCGGGUGCAAAGCCGGUAGCUAAAGCCCCUUAUCGGCUGGCCCCGACCGAAAUGAAAGAAUUGAUGACGCAACUUCAAGAGUUGCUCGACAAGGGUUUCAUUAAACCAAGUGUUUCACCAUGGGGAGCGCCUAAUUGA